UGGAGUGUUUCUUUAAGGGGAGGGGAGAGAGAGGGAGGAGGAGGGGAUUGACAGAGCUGGUGAGGAGGCUCAGCGAUGGAGUGGAAGGAGCAGCGCGAUUCUGAUCACACUUUGGCAUUUGCUGAGGCUCAGCGAUGGUUGGAGGAUGUGACUGGGAUAAGAUUUGGAAACAAAGAUUUUCGAUCAGCCCUGGAGAAUGGAGCCUUGCUCAACGAGUUAGUUAACAAGAUUAAGCCAGGAACAUGCAAGAAGACCAACCGAUUGUCAACACCAAUAGCUGGUUUGGACAACAUUAAUGUUUUCCUGAAGGGUUGUCAGAAACUUGGUUUGAAAGAAGCUCAGCUGUUUCACCCAGGAGACCUCCAGGAUUUAUCAACUCGCGUCACUGUCAAGCGUGAAGAAACUCAAAGAAGACUGAAAAAUGUUUUGAUCACCAUAUAUUGGCUUGGAAGAAGAGCACAGAGUGAGCCUCAAUACAAUGGACCUUACCUUAAUCUGAAAGCAUUUGAAGGAUUACUAGGGCAAACUCUGACCAAGGCACUUGAAGAAUCUAGUAGUCUCAAACGAAGUGGAAGAGAUAGUGGAUAUUGUGAUAUCUGGUGCGCUGAAAGGAGUGAAUCACCUAUUGUAAGACAUAGAAGGGACGACUCAUUUGACAGUUUGGACUCUUUUGGAUCGAAGUCCUUUACGAGCCUCUCAUCUGAAGUAACUCUAAAGGGCAGUAGUGAAGGUGGUGGGAGCGAUAUUGAGUCAGAGUUUCUAAACGGCAAAAUGAUGGAUGGACACAAGGAUGACCUGAGUGUUCGCAGGUUUAAUCUGACUGAGCCUAAACCUGUUGAUGCUUUUAAUAAGUUUUUGCCUUCCAAAAGCAAACCCAUAGUAUAUUUGCCAGCUCCGCUGAGGAAAAAACGAUUGGAAAGAAAUGAAGAUAACAGAAGAAGUUGGGCAAGCCCUGCAUUUACAGAAGCUGAUGGCUCAUUUUCAAGUACAGCAACUGUGAAGUCUGCCCAAGAAGGAAGUGUUGCUUAUGGUGUGGCUGCAAAUGAUGCUUCCACUGGGGAUGUGGGUGGAGCACUUCUUGAGUUUCUAUAUGACUACCCUGCAAGUGAAUCUGAAUCAGAUAAUGAAGGAAGAGACCCUGACCUGGUGUUGGAUGACUUGGCACAUCGCAAAUUUGGUGCUCCUGUAGGUUUUACAAGGCAGAAACUUCAACUGCAGCCCAGAAAUCCACCUGAACAAUCUUUACGGGCGGUGCCCCCAACUAGAACUGUACCUGUCUUAUCAGAAGAAACCAAGAAAUCCGGCAGCAGCCAGAGGCAGCUAAGUGAUAUCAAUGUGGUGAGUGGGGAUUCUGCUGGUCUUUCCCAACCCCCUUGGGAUGAAUCCUCUUCCGAUGAGGAUAAAGAAGCUAUUCCAGAUCUUGAAAAGGAUGACCUCUACACUCGUAAGCUGAGUCCAAUAUUGCCAGGGACAGGUGUUGCUUUUGACAGAUUUCUCCCAAAGCACUGGACUCGAGAAGAAGCAGAACGAUGGAAAAGAAUACAACUUGGCUCCCAAAGCAGACCUUGGUAUAAACAGCUUCAGUACAUCAGAAGGAAGUCACCUAAGUUGGAAGAAGAUUUAGAGUCUGAUGCCUGUCUUUUCACUAGUAACACACGUGAUAAUACAGAACAGACCCAGGAACACAGCACUGCUGAUUACUCUAGGGUGGAUUCUUGCCUUAGUAUACAGACAGUAGAAUCUGCAGUGGCAAUAUCUGGUGGAAGUGCAGAAGAUGGCACUUGCAAUUUAUAUGAACAAAGCCCAUUUCCACAACGUCAAACUUUAUACGCGAAUUCUACUAAUUCCGAAUUGGCAGACUUCUCUGUUCCGAGACCAAAGCUGAAUCCUGCGGCAGGUCCUAGAAUUGUAAUGCGCAAACAGAAUUCUUUCCUUACACCUCGUAACCAUCUCGCUAAACACGAGGAGGAGGACCAGGACUUGGAACCAAAUUUGGAAAACGACGAUAUGUUCAUUCGGAAAACGGCUGCCUUCCACCCUAAUCUCGACCUGACUCAUUUGUUCAGUGACGGUUGCAGAAGUUUGGAAUUGAAUGACUCUGUUGAAAGGAUUGUUACCCAGAAGAGACGUGACAAAAAUGUAAUACCAGAUCCGGAAAAAGAUGAUGUGAUCAUUCGAAGAGAACUUCAUUCUCAAGCAAAGAAAUUAGUGCCAUCUGGCGCACCAGACAAAUACAUCCCUGUUCCAUUUCCAGAGCCAUGGACUUUGCCCGAGUGGCUCCGCUCCAAAUUUCUUUGUCUGCCUGAAAAAAAUCUCUCUUCAAAGGAGGAGAUGAUAGAAAAGAAAUGUGAGAGUGCAUCACCCCACCCAGAGAAAGACGACAUGUUGGCUCGAAGAAUAGCCUUAUCACAGACUAGUGAAAAGGGGCACCCUAGCAACUUUGCUCCUGGUUCAUGUAGUGAGGAGGACAUGAAGAAAUGGGAAAAUAUAAGAGAGGCCAGCAGAUUAAGACAUAAGAAGAGGCGCCUGAUUGAGAGACUGCUUGAAAAGUCAGCUGAUAUUGAUUUAGGGAGUAAAUCUCUUGGUGAUCUAACUGACGAAGAACAACCAAAGGAUACUUCCACGUCAAUUCGAUACGAAGAGUUGCAGAAAAUCAGGACUAGCCUGAAAGAACAGGACAAAGUUUGGCAGGAUGAUUUGGCAAAGUGGAAAAACCGUCGCAAAAGUUUCACCUCAGACUUACAGCGGAAGAAAAGCGAAAGAGAAGAAAUUGAGAAAAUCACUACUGGCGAGAGUAGGACAAAACCAUUCAGUCAAAUGAAGAAAGAAAGGGAGCUCAGGGAGGAAGGAUCAUAUGGUGCUAACCGGCCAACAGAGUACACAAAACUGUAUUCAUCUGACGAGGACGUGUUCGGUGAAGAAAAGAAACCUUUAAAACAUCUGCAUGAAAGCAGCUCCACUGUGGCAAGCAACACUCCUUACACCAACCUCUCGAAGAGUGAGACGGUGUCUUCAGUUCCUGCACUUCAAGCCUCACAGCCCCAGACAGCAUCCGAAUUGAAAAGCACCACCAACAAUAUGUCAGACAAGCAGCGCUUUCUUCCUUCAUAUAUACACCAUACAACGGAAUUGAAAACUAAGCAAAGCCAGGUUUCAAAUUCUCUCCCCAGAAACUACCAGAAAACUGACGUGUCCAGGUUUGCGCCAAGACCCUAUGGUACACAGUACAACAGAAUCUCAUCCCUUCCGAGAACUUAUACAGGAGAUGAAGCACUGAAAUAUAAUGGAGAUGUGAAUGGUUCAAAACAAUUCCAGCUGCCCGUGAAUACUGGGUCCUUCUCAAAACCGCUGGAAGAGAGGUCCUGGAGAAGCCUCUCAAAACCAAUGGAAGAGCAAACUCUGCAGAUCAAACCUUUCUUAAAGCAGGAAGUUGAAGCUCCGACGCGGAGUAGCCUUUACUCAAAAUUGGACGAAGAUAGCCAAUCGCAGGCCAGUUCUGUAAUGAGUAGUAAUGAAGAGGAGGAAGAGGAGGAGAGAUCCCAUGUGUUGCAGCCCUACGCCACCUCUAGCUCUGUAACAAGUUAUUUCACAAAAGCAGGAAGCCUGCCCACAAGCACGGUUACCACAGCAGCCAUGCAACAGUGUCUGUACAGCGAUACACGAGUAGUUAUCAGCCAGAAGCCGAACAGUAGUCGAGACUUUGGAUUCACAACCGAUUGGAGCACCAGAGGAGCAACUGUGGAUUCGGUGGAACCGGGUGGAGCAGCAGAACAUUGUCAACUGAAAGUAGACGAUGAAAUAAUUGCCAUCUGUGGCAAAAAGGUCGCCGACAUGGACCGACAGACUUGGUUUGAAACCAUGGACAAUGCAGUAGAAAAGGGAAAUCUAGUCAUGGAUGUUCGGAGAUAUGAAGAGAGCAGUACGAGUGAAAUGAAAUACACCAUAUUUGCAGAUCCUGAUGUAUCUGAAGGUGUUGAAGGAACACACAAGAUGAGCCAGUCUUUUAAUCCUUUUAUUGAUGUUGAUGGAUCAGAAAGACUAAAUGGAAAGUUGCCAGAGAAUUCAUACACCUCAACUCAAAAAGUAUCUGAACCACUUAGUCUGAAAAACAAUAAAAAGCGAUCCCAGUUUUUUGAAUCACAAGGCUCAGCAGAGUUUGCUUGCAAAUCAUUGAUCUACCUUUGUGGAGGAUCAGAGCCUGCUAUGACUGAUCUACAAGUUCCAUCAAUUAGUGUUUCAAGUCGUUGGUCUUGGAAUCAUGAAGAAGAGAGAAAGCGCCAGGAAUUAUGGCAGAAAGAACAAGAUCGAUUGCUACAGGAAAAAUACCAACGUGAGCAGGAGAAACUGAAAGAAGAGUGGAAAAGGGCCCAGGAGGAAGCUGAACAAGAGGGUAGCAAGUACUACGAGGAGGAGCAGAAGAUAUUGCAAGACAUCAAUUCUCCACAGUCUUCCUUAAAUUAUGUGAAUGAGCCUGGUGUAUAUCAGAGUUCUCGAAACUGGGCUACUUCUUGGAAUGAACAAAACGAAGAGCAAGAGUGCCGAAAAAUAAAAGAGGAGGAAGAACGGCAACAAAGAGAAGAAGUUGAGCGUCUGGAAUUUGAAGAGCAAAGACGGCAAGACAUUUUGAGAUUAAGAGAAGAAAAAGAACAACAGGAAGAGGCAGAUCGUCGUGAAAAAGAAAGGAAACGGCAAGAAGAAAGGGAACGUAAACUUCAACGAUUGCUUGAAGAAGAAAAACUGGAAGAGAAAAAAUUGCUUGAAGAAAGACGAUUGCUUGAGCAAGAAAGACUUGAAAAGAAAAGGCGUGAAGAGGAAGCACGUUGGGCAGCAGCUGAAAGAGCAAAAUCGAUUCCACAACAGUGGGUCAAAUCCAAAUCCACCUCUGGACUUGAUGAUGACUAUGACUCUGUGCAAAGCCAUGAUAUAAAUGUGAGACCAGUGAGUGGUGUGGCCUAUUGGCUGCUGGAAGAAGAGAAGCAACGCAGGAAAAGUGGAAGGACACAGGACACUUCACGAGCACAACUGGAAAUUGAGAGACUGAAAAUCCUGAAUCAGAUGAAAUAUGCUGACCCGACAAGAGGUGACAUAAAGACCAAAGUCUCAGAUAGUGCAUGGAUUAAGAACAAUUCUGAGCAGCAACCUUCCUACCAAAAGGAGCUGCUGCUCUCCGAUUCUGAGCAGGAACGACAGAGAAUUCUCCAAGAGAUGCGUAAGAGGGCACCAUAUCUAAGCGAUGAGUGCUGGAUCCGGCAACGUAGUGCCAGUGUUGUUAACAAGAAUACACUCGUGAAUUCUGGAUCAUUGCGCAGGGGUGAGUCUUUGGAUAACUUGGAUGCUCCAAAAACACAUUACUGGGGAUCAACAUCCUCAGAAUCAGAAUCUAAUCGCCACCGAAUCUCCACCUCAACCCGACCUUCUGAGCACUCUCCAUCAUCCACUUUACCACCUCCAUCCACUAGAUCAGUAAAAAGAGGAUCUUGGUCUCCGGCCCCUUCAAUGGCCCCAUCUGCUGGCCCAAAUCAGUUCGAAGAAGGGAACAGGUCAAUAAGUGGAAAGAAGAUCUGUUCAUACUGUGAUUGCCCACUAGGCAAAGGAGCUGCCAUGAUCAUCGAAACUCUUGGUCUAUGUUAUCAUUUACAAUGUUUUAAGUGCAUCUCAUGCAGCACUGAUCUUGGAGGUACAGAGGCAGGGGCUGAAGUCAGAGUACGGAAUCAUAAACUCUACUGCAAUGCCUGCUACCUGCACAUCAAAGCUGGACAGACAGUCACCAUGUGAGAAGAGACCCAGUGAAACAAAGACACUGCUGCACAUCAAAGAAGAAGAUGAUGAUCUCGACCUCAAAACUCUAUAAGUAACCUAACUGCAGACACUCCACCUAAAGGAGAAUAUUUCCUUUGGACAGCCAUUAUAUAUCAAAUAACAUGAAUUCUUAUUUCAAUUUUUAAACUUGAUUUUAAAAAAUACUAUCUAAAGUUGGACUGGAAAUAGGGUGACAUUUUGAUGAAAGACAACCUUAAUUAUCUUUUUUUCCUUGUGAAUUCAACGUGUACAGCAGAUAAGGGAAUGCAUGAUGUAUAUUAUACAUAAUGUGUAUUAGUGAUUUAUAACUUUUCAUUUAUUUAUCAAGCUGAUGACCUGGUAGUUGAUGGUUCAAGGCAGCCAAUUUUGCUUUAUUUUGUUCAUUUUAGUUCUUUUAGAGCUGACUUCAAAUGGUUUCUAUCUAUAAAUAUAUUGCAAUCUAACUAUGUCUGUAUGGACUCUUUCAAAGGUCUGAAAUACAAGGAUCUUCACAUUGCAAUGAGAUUAAGGACUUUUGUUUGCUAUCUCUACAUAUUUUAUGUUUCAUUGGGCAGGUAAUCAUGGAAAAGCUCAGUCUUACCGAGAAUGAGGUGCAGGUAAAAUAGGAUGAGGCAGUAUAUGGUUUGUUUUUAAUGUAUAGACCUCAGACUUAAAGGAGCUUUUAAGGUAUAUAGCCAGUAAUUGAUUUACUCUAGACAUACUCUAGACACAGUGAGCAAUUGAUAGCCAGUAAAAUGUUUUCCAAUAAACAAUGUAUAAAAGGAAAAAAAUUCCAUUCACUUUUGUGUUGACUUAUGUUUAUAAAUAAAAUGAAUAA